GGCAUAUCUUAUCUGUUGUAACUGGUUACUAGUUAUCCCUUUUAGCUGUUGUGAACAUCCUCCACACUGAUCCCAGUGUCGCCAUCUCAGAGGCUCCGAGCUACCUUAGCCGAAGAAGAGAAGAGAUAGAUAAGAAAAAGAAUCGGGAGAUAUACUAACUAAAACGACAGAAUUAAUUCUAGCCGGGAAAUGACAAUGGCGAUUGCAAACCCUCCUGCAGCCCUUUCUAACUGUUAUUUUCAUGAGGCUUCUCACAUCUCCGGCGCUGCUCCUCUACCUUGCUAUCAUCAUCAUCAAAUGAAGUUAGGCUUCAACAGUCGGCUGCUAGCGGGAGGAAUAGUACCGCUGCAUCUUGCUGGGACUAAAACUGCGCAACUCAGAGCGAGGUGGAUGAGGAGGAGCCGGAGCCGCCCUAUAAUGGCUUCUUCUCUGGGAGGUCUCUUCGCGGGGAUCUUCAAGUCCAAAGAUUCCGGCGAGUCCACACGAAAAUUGUACUCCUCCACACUCUCAGUAAUCAACGGAUUCGAUUCCCAAAUGUCUUCUUUAUCGGACUCCCAGUUGAGGGAUAUGACUGCCACUUUGCAACAAAGGGCCCGUAAUGGUGAAACUUUGGAGUCUCUUUUACCUGAAGCGUUUGCUGUUGUGAGAGAGGCUUCAAAAAGGGUUCUAGGGCUUCGUCCUUUUGAUGUUCAACUUAUAGGGGGCAUGGUUCUUCAUAAGGGAGAAAUAGCUGAAAUGAGGACUGGAGAAGGAAAGACACUUGUUGCUAUAUUGCCAGCUUAUUUAAAUGCAUUGACUGGAAGGGGAGUUCAUGUUGUUACUGUAAAUGAUUAUUUAGCUCGAAGAGAUUGUGAAUGGGUUGGUCAAGUUCCUCGGUUUCUUGGACUAAAAAUUGGCCUGAUCCAACAAAAUAUGACAAGUGAGCAGCGUAAAGAAAAUUAUCUAUGUGACAUCACAUACGUGACUAACAGUGAGCUGGGUUUUGAUUACCUGAGAGAUAAUCUUGCCACGAGUGUGGAUGAGCUAGUGUUGAGACGUUUUAAUUACUGUGUGAUUGAUGAGGUUGAUUCUAUUCUAAUUGAUGAGGCCAGAACUCCUCUUAUCAUCUCUGGACCUGCUGAAAAGCCAAGUGACAAGUAUUACAAAGCGGCUAAGAUAGCUGCAGCCUUUGAGCAGGAUAUACAUUACACAGUUGAUGAGAAACGAAAAACUGUUUUGCUCACAGAGCAAGGUUAUGCUGAUGCCGAGGAAAUUCUGGAUUUGAAAGAUUUAUAUGAUCCCCGAGAACAAUGGGCAUCUUAUUUAUUGAACGCUAUAAAAGCAAAAGAACUUUUUCUUAAAGAUGUUAACUAUAUCAUUCGUGGCACAGAUGUCCUUAUAGUUGAUGAGUUUACUGGUCGGGUCAUGCAGGGGAGACGUUGGGGUGAUGGACUUCACCAGGCAGUUGAAGCAAAAGAAGGUCUACCGAUCCAAAAUGAGACUGUAACCUUGGCUUCAAUUAGCUACCAGAACUUCUUUCUCCAGUUCCCAAAGCUAUGUGGCAUGACUGGCACUGCUGCGACAGAGAGUGCAGAGUUUGAGAGCAUAUACAAUCUAAAAGUUACAAUUGUCCCCACUAACAAGCCCAUGAUUAGGAAGGAUGAAUCAGAUGUAGUUUUUAGGGCAGCUACAGGAAAGUGGAGGGCUGUGGUUGUGGAGAUUUCUAGAAUGCAUAAAAUAGGCCGACCUGUGCUUGUCGGUACAACCAGCGUUGAGCAAAGUGAUGCAUUGUCAGAAAAGCUGCAUGAUGCUGAAAUCCCCCAUGAGGUACUAAAUGCAAAACCUGAGAAUGUGGAAAGAGAAGCUGAGAUUGUGGCACAGAGUGGCCGUCUAGGGGCUGUUACAAUUGCUACUAACAUGGCAGGUCGUGGUACUGAUAUUAUCCUUGGUGGUAACGCAGAGUUCAUGGCUAGGUUGAAGUUAAGAGAGAUGUUAAUGCCAAGGGUUGUUAAACCAGCAGAAGGGGCAUAUGUUUCCAUAAAGAAACCUUCUCCAAUAAAGACAUGGAAGGUCAAUGAUCGUUUAUUUCCAUGCAAGUUAUCUAAAGAAAGUUCUAAGCUGGCAGAGGAAACUGUGCAACUUGCUGUAAAAAUAUGGGGCCCAAGAUCCUUGACUGAACUUGAAGCAGAGGAGCGACUGUCUUGUUCCUGUGAAAAGGGUCCUGUUCAAGAUGAAGUAAUAUCAAAACUUCGCAGUGCUUUUCUGGAAAUUACGAGAGAGUAUAAGUUUUAUACUGAGGAAGAGAAACAAAAGGUCAUAUCUGCUGGCGGGCUCCAUGUAAUUGGUACUGAGCGUCAUGAGUCGCGUCGAGUUGACAAUCAGCUGCGAGGUAGAAGUGGGAGGCAAGGAGAUCCUGGAAGUUCCCGUUUUUUCCUUAGUCUUGAAGACAACAUAUUCCGUAUAUUUGGUGGGGAUCGUAUCCAGGGGUUAAUGAGAGUGUUUAGGGUGGAAGACCUACCAAUUGAAUCAAAGAUACUGACAAAAGCAUUAGAUGAAGCUCAAAGGAAGGUUGAAAAUUACUUCUUUGAUAUUCGUAAGCAGCUAUUUGAAUUUGAUGAGGUCUUAAAUAGCCAAAGAGAUCGUAUCUACACAGAAAGAAGGAUGGCCCUAGAAGCAGAUGAUCUCCAAUCACUCCUUGACGAAUAUGCUGAAUUGACAAUGGAUGACAUCCUCGAGGCAAAUGUUAGUCCUGAUUCUCCAAAAGAUACCUGGGAUCUUGAAAAGCUUAUUGCUAAACUCCAACAGUAUUGCUAUCUAUUGAGUGAUUUGACCCCCAGUCAACUGGCUGAUAAAUGCUCAAAUUAUGAGGAGUUGCGAGAUUAUCUCAGGUUACUUGGUCGACAAGUGUAUCAACAGAAAAGGGAUGUUGUGGAGAAACAAGCUCCGGGAUUGAUGAAACAGGCAGAGAAGUUCUUGAUUUUAAACAACAUCGAUAGGCUGUGGAAAGAACACUUGCAGGCACUUAAAUUUGUACAGCAGGCUGUAGGGUUGCGAGGUUAUGCCCAGAAGGAUCCCCUCAUUGAGUACAAGAUUGAAGGAUACAACCUUUUCAUUGAAAUGAUGGCACAAAUAAGGAGGAAUGUUAUAUAUUCAGUCUACCAGUUUCAACCUGUCUUAGUAAAGGAACAAGACAAGAAAAGUAGUGACACAGAAAAUCUGAAUACAAAUGGGAGGAAAGACGAUGAGAAGAGCGAAGAUCAAGUUGCUAAUGAUGCUACUCCAGCUGCCACACAGCUUGGUGCAGGAGGCC